GGGACUGACAUUCCUGUGGGGCACUGAGGACCCGCAAGCUCAAAGAUUAUAAAGCACGCUGUGGCUUUCGUCAUCAAUCAUGUCUAACCCUUACCCCGCCUUGCUACUACCCGGAGGGACGGAGGCACCUUCGGUCCCCGUCAAGCAGUACACCUGCUUCCCAAGGAGCAUCACGCCCCCGACUGCCCCACCGCCCAUCCCCCUCCCUCUACCGCGCAGCUCCCACCCGAGAUCUGGAAGAUCGUUUUCGAUAGCCUCGCCGACCCUUCUGACCCCAACAUCGCUCCCACCCUAGCAUCCUUAACGCGCGUAUGUCACUUCUUUCGAGAAGAAGGGGAGGCCGCUCUCUACCGUGAUGUGUCCGUAGGCCCAAGCAUUUCUCAAGUCCGCAAAUUCCUGGAGACAGUAGGUGGAGACAGGGAGCGUGCGUCUACCGUGCGAUCGUUGCGCCUCGAUAUCCCCGAUGUUGCGUACGGAGUACCCCCCCUCCCCGCAGCCGCACGAAGCUUCAUUGGGGACACGGCCCGCCACCCAAACAUCGCCCUCGUUGAUGUCGGGACGAUACAAGCCCUCCGUCCGUCCAUGGAAAGCAUGUUCCGUCACGCCGUCAACCUCGUCGACCUCCGCUUCCCCGCGCUAGAGGACUUCCCAGGUAUACUCCACGGAGCAACAUUCCGCCUGUGGUCGCUGACGACAACCGGCAUGGCGUUUGGCGUACUCCACCAAUGGGAGAACUCGGUCCCCCCGGCGCGGGAUAGCAACUGCUAUUCCAUGUACAGUCCUGUCGAGAAGCUGCGAUCCCUUCGGAUACUCGACCUGGACUUGAAGGGCAUAUGGUGCUCGGCGAAGAGUCUCCACACGACGUUCUGCCAAUAUUCUAUCACGCACCUGACUCUUAGGGGCACCGCAGACCGUUCCCUCGCGGACGAUCUCCUUCCUCUGAUGGCCGAGCGCCUCGUAUCUUUCAGACUAGUCCUCGCCGCGCGCGACCAGGAGUUACUUCCUUGGACGGACAUCUGGCCCACGCAGAUUCUUGGAAAUACCGAGUUGCCCGCCCUGAAGCACUUCGAGCUUUCGCUUUGCCCUGGCAGCAUCCAUCGCAGCAAGCGUUCAUCCCCUUCGAUCAUUCCUGGAAGGCAGCAUGCCCAGUCAUCCAGACAUUCGUCUGGAGACCAUCUGCGUACCAUCUACAACUAUUCCGCGUCGGAGGGACAUCCCGGUCCCGUUUCCACGACGCUCUUCCUGGGUACAACACUGCGCUCUUCGCCAGUUGGCCAUCGUUGGAACGAUUCGAACGGCCUAGGCUGGAGAUGGGACUCGACAGCUAUGCUACAUGCGUGGCCUACACCCGUGGGGAACGAGGCGGUCUUGUCGAAGAGGUUACCGAGUUUUCUGAGGAUCGAGAAUAGGCGCUCUCAUCAUCAUCAACGUCUGCUUCCCAUUCCUUACCCUUUAC